AUGUUAAUGAAAAUAAUUUUAUUACUGGUUAUUUAUUUGAUUUCGCUAUGCCAAUCUGCUAGUCGAAAUUUGAUUACACUUAACGAAGAAACAUGGACCAAAAUAUUGGAUGGCGAAUGGAUGGUUGAAUUUCAUGCACCAUGGUGUCCAGCUUGCAAAGAUUUGCAAAAAGCAUGGCAUGCAUUUGCCGACUGGAGUAAAGACCUUAAUAUUAAUGUCGCUGAAGUCGAUGUUACUGUAAAUCCGGGGUUAUCUGGCCGUUUUCUUGUUACUGCACUUCCCACCAUCUACCACGUCAAGGACGGUGUAUUUCGCGUCUAUGCAGGGCCUCGUGAUAAAAAUGAUUUUAUUAAUUAUAUCGAGGAAAAGAAAUGGACUUUCGAUGAUCCAAUCCCAAGUUACAAAUAUCCAAGCUCACUGCAAAUGUCGGUAGUAGCUUGGUUCUUUAAAUUGUCGAUGUUUGUUCGUGAUAAGCACAACUAUUUAGUUGAAGAGGUGGGCAUACCAUCGUGGGCUUCAUAUUCCGUAUUUGCUGGUAUAACUUUGACUUUGGGCUGUAUACUUGGAUUUUUCAUUGUCUGCAUCAUUGAUCGAGUUUUUCCUACUGGUGAACAGCUUUCCAAACCGGAAAAAAAAUUAACCAAGAAAGAUCAAAAAACGAAAUCUAAAAAGGAUGAAGGAAAGAAAAAAGACGAUGAUCAAUCACAAGAUGAAAGGAAUUCUCAGGAAGGAUUAAACACUAUGCCGAAUCCAGUCCAAUGGCUUCCACUGGAAUCAAAUCCGGAAUUUAUGCACAAAAUUGGUGUGGAAAAGGGAGUAGAAUGUGUGGAUAUAUACGGUUUCGAGGACGAUGUAUUGGCUUUCAUUCCGCGACCGUGUUAUGCUGUUAUGUUGUGUUUCCCGAUGGUUGACAAGGUUGAUAAAAUCAUGGAACCCAUUUACGAAAAAAUGAAGGAGAAAGGGUGCAUGGUACCGGAUGGUGUAUUUUUUAUGAAACAAAAAAUAUCAAAUGCUUGUGGAACUUUUGCACUGAUCCAUUCGCUUGCCAAUAAUCAUAAGAAAAUUAAUCUUGGUAAUGGUUCAUUGAAGCAGUGGUUAGAUAAAGCAGUGGAAUUGGGUGUUGAAGAGCGGUCUGAUUCCUUGGCUGAAAACGCAAUACUGGCAGAAGCUCAUGAAAAUUGUGCUCGUGGUGGUGAGACUGAUUCGAGCACAGUUGACCAUCAUUUCAUCUGCUACCUUAAACAUGAGGAUAAACUUCUUGAACUCGAUUCUCGUGCUCCAUCUCCUCGUAUUUGUGGUUUGACCAGUGAUGCAACAUUCCUAAAAGAUGUUGGAAAUUCAUGUAAGAUGCUGAUGGACAAACUGGAAAAUCUAUCAUUUAGCGCUCUUGCCAUCGUUCGUGCUUCCCACUAA